GUCGAAAAAGUUCAAAUCAUGUAUGAUCCACACACUCGGGAAUCUCGUGGUUUCGCCUUUGUUACUAUGGUCCGCUCUGAAGAUGCUGAGGCAGCAAUGCAGGUAUUGAGUGGAUUCGAGCUUCAUGGUCGUGCCAUGUCUGUUAGUAUGGCUCGCCGUGGUCGUGCUAGAACCCCUACUCCAGGCCAAUAUCGCGGACCUCCUAAACGUGAGAGGGGCAUGGGUAUGCCCCAUCCCUAUGGUAUCACUUCUUGAGAGAUGAUGGCGAAACGCUCUCGCCUUUAUUGCGAACGCUAAUUUGUUUAACUAUGAGGCUUCUUUUUGCUUGCAUUCUAUAGAGCGCCGUGGUGAUAGGUUCGAUCCUCGUUAUGUCCCUCGCGGGCCUGAUCCAAGGGAAUAUAGAGGUGGUCCUGCACGCGAG